AUGGUAGCUUAUAGUGACGACGAUGAAAUUGAUUAUGAGAAUGAAACUCCUGAUUUCCAUGAUGAACAAGAUUUAGAUGAUUAUUUGAAUGAUGAGGAGUAUGAUCUAAUGAAUGAUUUACUUCCUCUAGUUAGAAAUGGAAUGGAGGAUUUCGACGGAUGGAAUAAUUUUGAUUUGAAACUGGCUCUUUUCGACAGUGACUUUAAUACAGAAGAAGCUUUAUCAUUAUUAAUGAAAGAUUUUAAGAAGAAGAAAACCAAUAGUAGUGAAAGUGAUGCAAUAAAAUUAACAAGUUUAGCGUCUAUAGCAAAGCAAAAAGCACAAUUGAAUAAAAUACAAUCUAAUAGAGAGAAACCAGAAACUAUGGAGGAUAGGCCAAUGACGUUAUUAGAGAAACUAAAGAGUAAGAGAAAUCAAAAUACAGCUGGAGCUAAAAUCUCAAAUGAUGUCUCGCAAAGCAAUCCAGCUAUGACUUUAGCUGAAAAAUUAUCGAAAUUUAAGACUAGAAACGCAGAAACCCCCAAAAAAUCUAAUACCCUUGUAUCAAAAUCAAAUGCCAUUGAACCUAAAGUUACUUCCAACCGCACUACCUCUAGCAAAGAAGCACCAGCUGAUCCAUUGAUGAAAUCGACUGAAGUAAUGUCAUUGGCUGAAAAGCUUAAGGCAUUGAAGCAAAAUAAAUUGGAUGCAAAAAAAGAGUCGAAACCUGUAAAUAAGAAUAUUAAAAGUGGUAAUUCCGAAGAAUUAAAGACAGAAAGCAUAGACCCUAACAAUGUAUCACAAGUACCUUCAUCAGACAAUGUUUGGAAUUUUAUCCAAACUUUUAACAAAGAACUAAAAAUCACACCUUACCUUAAGGGUUUAACUAGUGACUUAGCUAUAUCUAACUUCAUUAUCGGAAAUUCUGGAAAUUUUGAUGAUAACACUGACAAAUCUCAUGAUAAUAGACAAAAAAGACAAAACGAGAACAUAUUUGCACCUUUUUUUCCUAAUAAGAGAAUAAUUACUAACAAUUUAAAUAAAAAAUAUACAGUCAAACAAAAAGUUAUAGAAAACUUCAAUAAGCCAAGUCCUGAUGAUAUUAUAUUAACUGCUCAAAAAAAUGCAUUUAAUCAAGUGCAAGAAAAUGUAAGUAAGCUAAAGAUUUCGGAAGACAAAAAACCUGACGAAAUAGAGCUUGAUGGCGAUGACUCGGAUGAGUUUGGCUCCAAGAAAGAAGAGCUAAUUUCUAAAUCCUACAAGAAGGCAGCUGUUGCAACGAAGCCUAAAACGCCAAUCGAUAUAGAGAAAUAUAUAGAAACCGUCAAGCCACAUUGUACAUUUGUUGUUUUAGGUCAUGUUGACGCUGGUAAAUCAACAUUGAUGGGGAGAUUACUAUACGAUAUUGGUGCUGUCGAUUCAAAUUUGAUUAGAAAAUUAAAAAGAGAAAGUGAAAGCAUCGGUAAAGGUUCUUUCCAUUUAGCAUGGGUCAUGGAUCAAACUAAUGAAGAAAGGGCAAGAGGUGUAACAGUCUCUAUUUGUACAAGUGACUUCGAAACAGAUAAAUCUAGAUUUACUAUUGUCGAUGCACCAGGUCAUAGAGAUUUUGUCCCAAGUGCAAUUUCAGGAAUCUCACAAGCAGAUGUAGCUAUUAUAACAAUUGAUUGUGGUACUGAUGCUUUUGAAUCUGGUUUCAAUUUGGAUGGACAAACUAAAGAGCACAGUUUGUUAGCGAAAAGUUUAGGUGUCAAACGUUUGAUUGUGGCAAUGAAUAAACUAGAUAGUGUUGAUUGGUUUGAAGGCAGAUUUAACCAAAUCCAAAGUGAAUUGAAAAUAUUUUUUGAUGAUAUUGGAUUCAAAGAAGAACAACUUGAUUGGGUACCUGUGAGUGGUUUGACUGGUGAAGGUGUCCAUAAAAUUGCAUACCCUACUGCUCAAAAUUGGUACAAGGGUCCUACACUUGUGGGACUUUUAGAAGAGGCUAGUGAAAAGGUCUGUGAAGUUUCUUAUAAUGAAGUUAUUGAAGAACCAUUUUUAUUUUCUAUCCUGGAAGUUAGCGAAUCGAACAAACAUGAAACUGGUGUCAUAUCAGGAAGAGUUGAAUCAGGUACGAUUCAGCCUGGUGAGACUAUUACUAUAUAUCCAUCCGAACAAAGCGUAAUCGUGGAUAAGAUUACAGUUGGAGAUGGUAAAGCUAUUCAGAAAAUUGCAAUUAAGAAUGAUUUCGUAUCAAUUAGGAUACGUAAUGCAUUUAUUGAAGAUAUUCAACCUGGUGAUUUAUGUGCUUCUGUUGGGUUUGAUAUCCCACCAACUCAAGAUUUCAAUGUGAAUCUAUUAACCUUUAAGCUGGAUAGACCAGUUCUUCCUGGUACUUCAUUUAUGAUGUUUAGAGGUGUUUGUGAACAGCCGGCCAGAAUAGGUAAAUUAAUAUCAAGUGUUGAUAAGAAAGAUCCAACAAAGAUAUUAAAGAAAAAAAUUAGGCAUUUAGCUACUAACCAAGGCGCAAUAGUUGAGAUUUUAUUGACAGAAAAAAAGAGAUGGAUUCCAUUAUUAUCUUAUAAUGAUAAUAAACAUCUAGGUAGAAUCGUAUUAAGAAAAGAUGGUAGGACGAUCGGUGCUGGUAUUGUGAUGCCAUAA